AUGAGCAAGCAAGAACUCCUGCUUCAAGUGACGACAGACGUCAUCUGCCCGUGGUGUUUUGUAGGCUCUCGCCGGCUCAAAGCGUUUCUGAACUCGGAAGACUACAAGACGCAGAUCGCACCACAUGUACGGCUUGUGCUCAAACUCGAGCCUUACAUCCUCGACCCACGAUUACCCGCUACGUCCUACGAUACCCCGGACAAGUACUACGACGCAAUCGAAACAACCCCCUACGAUAAGAAUGUACCGCCGACAAAGAAGUUCUACUACGGCUCCAAGUUUGGUGGCGGUUUGGAUGCGUUCGAUGCUAAGAUCUCCGCAGCAGCCAGCGAGUUGGGCAUGCCAAAGUUUGAUUGGACCAGCGAGGGCAAAGUAGGAGCGACGUGGAACGCGCAUCGGUUGGUGUUGAAGGCGGGCCAGUUGGAUGAGCAGAACAACAGCAGGGCGGACAGAGAUGAUCUAGAGACUGCCCUGCAGUCGUUACAGAUGCGAUUCAUGGAUCGCUUCUAUCAAGACUUUCAUUCGAACAGCAAGGACAUGUCAGACAAUACGUACCUGGCCGGAGUAGCCGAGGAGCUCGGACUGUUUGACGCGCAAGAAGCCGCGCUGACAUGGCUCGAAUCGGACGACCUUGAGUACGAACUCGGAAACAAGCUCCAGCAGGCCGAAAUGAAUGGCGUUCAGAGUAUCCCCUUCUACAUUGUCAACGAUGGUGCCGACCAUAUGAGCGAGACCGGCUCCCAUGGAUCCUUUCUGAAAAUGAUGCAGAUGGCUGUUGCGCCUUACGUGCGUUGA